AGAAAUCAAAGGGGGGCGUUUUGGCCAGGUGGGGCGCAUUAUACCGUCUUACCCUACCAAUCAUUGUUUAUGGACCAUUGCUCCUGAUCCGUUCGAGGCUACAUCCGGUUUUCCUAAAUUGAGUUUUGUGUGCCAGGGGCCGUACACCUUUCCCAACAUCUUCGGCGAUAUACCAUACGUUCGUGCCGUUCCCCGGGUCUCUGUAACAGGCAGAUUCGACCAGUAAAGUCAAGGUGUCACACUUCCAACUUUCCGAGUGAUCCGUUUUCUGGCAGCUUUACCGUUGGAGAUUGCGCUGCUUUGCCGUCUGAGUCAUCCCUUUGUGCCAUUUUUACCGUUGGAUGCCGCUUCCGAUUACUCGCUAUUUCCCUAAUUGUGUUGUGUGUUCCAGUUGCCGUACACAUUUUCGAACAGCGUCAGUGAUAUACCGUACCAUCCCCAGAUUUCUGCAGCAGGCAGAACCGCUUAGAAGAAGAAGAAGAAGUACACCUAAUCAGUAAAGCCAAAGUGCUCUUCCAACUUCUCGAGAGAUUCGUUUUCUGGCAGAUUCGCCAUUGGAUUGAUUGAGUUUAUUGCGCUGGUUUGCCAUCCAAGUCAUCGCGUUUUACCGUUGGAUUACGCUUCCGAUUACUUGCGCUUUCGCAAAUUGAGUUUUGUGGACCAGCUGCCGUACACCGUACGCGUUGGCGAUAUACCAUACGCUGAUACCAUUCCCCAAGUACACCUGACCUGUAGAGUUGAAGUCAAACUUUCCGGAUGAUCCGUUCUCUGACCGUUUCACCGUUGGAUUCUUUGAGCUGACUGAGCUGUUUUGCCGUCCGGGUCAUCCGUUUAUGCGAUUAUAUUCGUUGGAGUAAAACCGACUAUUCGCGCUUUCCCAAAUUGAGUUGAGUGCCCCAGCUGUCGUGCACCUUCCCUAACAGUGUAGGCGAUAUACCGUACCAUCCCCGGACCAUCUCCGGAUCUCUGCAGCACGCAAAACCGGCCAGAAGAAGAAGAAGAAGUACACCUAAUCAGUAAAGCCAGUGCGCUGAGAGAUUCGUUUUCUGGCAGUUUCACCCUUGGAUUGAUUGGGUUGAUUGCGCUGUUUUGCCGUCCGGGUCAACCGUUUGUGCCAUUUUCUCCGUUGGAGCCGAUUCCGAUUAACCGCGCUUUGGCAACGUCUUUCUAACAGCGUCUGUAAUAUACCGUACGUUGGUACCAUCCCCGGGUCUCUGCAGAACCGGCCAGAAAUAUAAGUACACCUGAUCAAUAAAGCCAAAGCGCUCUUCCAACUUUCCGAGAGAUUCGGUUUGUGACAGUUUCACAAUUGGAUUGAUUGGGUUGAUUGCGCUGUUUUGCCAUCUGAGUCAUCGGUUUUUACCGUUGGAAUUUGGAUGCCUCUUCCGAUUAUUCGCACUUUCCCAAAUUGAGUUGUGUGUUCCAGUAGCCGUACACUUUCCUUAACAGCGUCGGUGAUAUACCGUAGACAGAUAUACAGUGAUAUACAGAAGAAGAAGAAGUGCACCUGACCGGUGAAGUCGAAGUCCUAGUAGAUCGCGAUCGCCCAGCUUUUCAAAUCAUUAUUUUUUUCUCAAUUUCACCGUUGGAUGCUGCUUCCGGCCUCUCGAUCUUUCCCUGAGCAUUGCGCACCAGCUGCCAACGUCAACCCUGAUGUCGUCUCUGUAGCAAGUAGAAUCGAGCAGAAGUACAUCUGUCCUGUAGAAUCGAUGUCUGCUUAGAUUCCGAGUCACUUUUUUCCGGCAUUGUCUCUUUCCUUGAGUUUCUGCUCGGCUACUGCUUGCGCGCAUCCGAUAUCGUAUUAAUACUCUAGUAUAGUAUAUGGAGAGUUUAAUGAUCUAGACCUGGAUAACCUUGUGUUUCUAGACCAGUGUUUCCGCCGUAUUUCCGUGUUUUGAUAAUAAACUUAUUAUCAAACGCUCCUGGCAAUUCUGUUUUCAGCUGCAAAUCUGUCUAUGAUCGAAAUUAAAUACGAUUGUGACCAAGCUAUAUACAGAGAAAAAUAUAUUAUUUUUUCCUACUUGAUCGUAUGUCCGCUUGUGCCAUUUUCACCGUUGGAUACCACCUCCGACUACUCGCGCUUUCGCAAAUUGAGUUUUGUGUGCUAACUACCGUACAUAUUGGCGGUAUACCAUACGUUGGUGCCAAUCCCGGGUCUCUGCAACACGUAGGACUAAUCUGAAGAUACCAUCCUUGUUCAGGCCCGUUCUUCAAGUUUUCCGAGUCAGCCAUAUCCAUCAGUUCUGGUGUGUACUGAGUUUCUUUUUUCGCCGUCAUAGUUCCACAGUAGCGGCAUUAACCGUUUCUCAAUUCCGAAUUCGCUUCCGGCUUCGACUGCAAACAGACGUACUCCUAUUUCCAGUUCUUUAAACCUUCGAUUCGACUGCCUGUAUAAUCGUGGAAUAGUAUUCAAAAUUUAUUUCCGGCUUCAUCGUUCGUUUUUGGCCAGAAUAGUGUAUCUACUGAAUAUACUACACUUCUAUUGUUUCAACGUCAUGAUUCAAGCUAGCAACCUUAAACCAACGGGUACACGGCUGUCAGCUUAUGCACGGAAUCUUCCAAGGAGUGAUCCAAAUGUGUACAAGCGAUAUAUAGAGAAAAUUAGUAUCAUUCUGUACAACGAUCCCUACCAGCUGGAUUAUAAAAAGGUAGAGCUACCACUGAAUGUUACAACUGGGCAUGUUGUAGAGUACUUGCUGAACUACCGGUCACCUUAUACAGGUAAUCCUAUGAAAAACCAUCGUAGCCUGGAAGGAUACAGGAAAUAUGAAGCCGGAUUUGUGAAUUCCGUGUAUGGAGGAAUGCUAAAUAAUAAUUAUGUAGUGAUUGCUAAAGUGGUACAUUCCAUGAAACUAAGGAACUCUUUGUUGAAACCAUGGGCCAUCAUCGAUAACUUAGGAACUGUUUUAAGUGCACACUGUGAUUGUGUAGCUGGUUUCACCGAAACUUGCUCUCAUGUGAGUGCGAUGCUAUAUUAUUUAGCCAAUCUCCAUGCACAAUCCAUCGAUCGAAGGGUAACUGUGACAGAUCUACCUGCCUACUGGAAGCAGCCACCAAAGCGAAUUCGGGAGGAUUUAUACAACAAAGUUGAGAAUAUCAGUUAUGGCAAGCAAACAAAACGGUGGUAUGAUGCACCUCCUUCCCGUCCCAGGGAGGAUAUCGAAACACUUUUAAAGGAACUCAAGUCGAAUGGAUCGAACUUAUUAGUUCUUCAUUCAAUGUGUGAUGGUGAUCAAUUUUGUUGCAGUCAAUGCGAAACCCGUAUGAUUCCUGACGAAAUAUUUACGAACAAGAACAUCCUUCUUCAGAAUAAUUUCGAAGUUGAGCAUGAAACAAAAACGCUACAAGAGUUACGGGAUGUAGCAGCUACGAAGCUAUUUCGUUUGAACAGUGAAGACAUUAGGCGAGUAGAAAGAUUAACACAAUCACAGUAUCAGUCGGAAUUGUGGCACUGGGUAAGAAUCGGUAGGAUUACAGCGUCUAUCAUGAAACAUGUAGUAUGUGCAUCUAAUGAAUUUCCACCCCCAAAACUGACUACUUUGAAAGCAAUCUGUCAUCCUUAUCUGAAAACCUUUCAAACACCCGCAUUAACAUAUGGAAGAAAGAACGAGCCAAUAGCGCGAGAUGAACUUAUCAAAUUAUGGAAGCAUAACCACGAGGAAGGCAUCAUUUCAACAUGUGGAAUUUUUCUGAGUGCUGAUCAUCCAUUCCUUGCUGCAUCUCCGGAUGCGAUAGGGUCUUGCCGGUGCUGCGGUAAAUUCACAGUAGAGAUCAAAUGCCCAUUCCGACUAAGCCACACUCACCUUGACCGGCAGUUGACCAUCGAAGAUUUAGCCACUAAGCCUAAUUCAUUUGUUAGAUUUAAAAAUGGAAUAAUUGAACUUGCUCAGGAGCAUGAGUAUUAUUAUCAAAUUCAAGCCCAAAUUUUUUUAACUAAUUCUGAUUUCGGGUUAUGCAUGAUUUGGUGUAAAACAGAAACAAAUAUUAUCAAAAUAACUAAAAAUGAGAAUGUAUGGGGCAAAUGCUUAGAAAGAAGCCGUCUUUAUUUUUAUAAUAUCGUUAUGCCUGAGCUUUUGGGCAACUAUUACACAAAUAAAAUGAAAAAUACUCAAAGAGAAAUUGUAAAACAAACAAUAAAUGUUAGAAUUUAACAAUACAUGUUAGAUUUACAGAUGUUGCAAAUAAAGAGCAAUGAA